AUAACAGUUCUCAACAAACUGUUUAACUGUAAUUAUACGAUUAUUACUCAUGUUUUUCGAGACGAGUGCAGAACCAAAGUGUGGCAGUUUGGGAUUUGAUCGGCUGGCGGAGGCGGAGCGUGUUGAGGAUCCAGCUGAGCCGCUGCAGCUGCAGCUCGGUGUCUUGUGUUGAAACACAAUUGACGCUCACAUCUCCUCUUGUCAGACUUAACUCACCUCCGCUGACACCACUGUGAAAAAGAUGCACCUCGAUAUGACUCUGCUUCGAAUUCUUGCUGUGCUCUUCCUGCCAGGAGCAUGGGGUCAGAGCGGCAGCAACAAACUUGGUGUGGUGGUGGAGGCCAAGAACAUCACCCUCCCUGCAGGGUCUCAGGCCGUACUGCCCUGCCACAGCCCCCGAAUGGUGUGGACCCGGGACAGACUGAAGGACCGUCAGAGGGUGGUGCACUGGGACUUGGCCCGCAACAGCCCAGAGUAUUCUGUGGAGCGAGUCCUGGACAUGUCCCCUGGAGCCCGCCAGAGAGUCUAUAAUGGCUUCAAUAAGGGCCGCAUCUCCGUCCCAGAGUCUGCUUUCAAUGAUGGCAACUUCUCCCUUGUCAUCAACAAUGUGGCCACAACUGAUAAAGGUGUUUACACUUGUAAUCUGCACCAUCAUUACUGCCAGAUUCACCAGUCCAUUCAAAUCCAGCUCAAUGUCACCAAGUCAGUUCGGAAAGAGAAACGUUUCUGGGAUGGAGAGAAGACCGUGUUUGUGGUCCUGUUGGGCAGCUCAGUGGUAUUGCCUUGUGUGAACCGGCGCCCCCUGUGGAGAGAGGGCCUCCAGGAGGACCAGCAGCAGGUGGCUCACUGGGACUUCCAGCCCCCUGGAGUGCGUCCUGAUAGGGCUGACCGUUUGGUGGACCUCUAUGCCUCCGGAGAGCGCCGGGAUUACGGACCACUCUUUGGCCAGAACAAGAUGAGCGUGGAAGAGGAUGCUUUUACAUUAGGGGACUUCUCACUGUCCAUUUCAGACUUGAAGCCAGUUGAUAAAGGCCUGUACUCCUGCCACCUGCACCAUCACUACUGCGGUCUGCAUGAGAGACGCAUCUUUAGGCUGACUGUGGGACCUCCGCUUCCGUCCGCUCCCACUGAAGCACCAAGAAUUUUCCCGAAUGAUGAGCCAGUAGAAAGGACCGAAGAGGUGGAGAGUCCACGAGUGGUGAACGUCAUCCUUCCUGAGCAUCGAGGUUAUUUCGUGCAGCAUUUGGGCUACUUCCUGGCAACCCUCUUACUGCUGGCACUCAUCGUUGUCGCUGUCAUCGCGCUGACUCGACGACGCAAAAAGAGAGUGCUGGACUAUGACAUUCAUAGAUAUGACCGGAGAAACAUGAUCAGUGACGGUGAAAUAUCAUUACACUGCACAGAGCUGAAGGCCUGUAACCAAGAGCCUCCGAAUUCAGACUACAAAAACAACCUACUGAAAGAGAGGGAUAUGACCAAAGACUGCAAUAUGGAAUUUGAUGGGAAGCUGUGGAAGUGAGCGAGAUGUUUCUGAGAUGCUGCUGGCAGGUCCAGGGCAAAUGCCAGAGGAGUGAAGGACCUUGGAGAGAAGGAGAGAAAAAAAAGAGGAAACCCAAGAGAGGACAGGAGGAAUGCUCCCUCUGCUGUAACUCUAGCACACUAAGCUUUUUUCACUAAAAGGCAUCGACAUUUUUUUACAUGUUAUUUUUUAUAUAACUUGCAAUUUCACAGCUGUUAUAACAAUAUGAUCCUUAAUCGUUGCAUUCAUUGGUUGAUUUAUGAUGAAUAUUAGGCAUUUUUAUCGUCCGUUUUUUUAUGUUUUUUACUUAAAUGCAUGAUGUUUAUUCAAGUAUGUUUUAUUUGUACGGUGCAUGCUUACAGAGCUGCAAGUUAACAGCUCUUUUUAGUUGUUGAAAUUUGAUCAUUUUCUUUCUUUUUUUUUUUUGCACAAAUUCUGCUGUACUGUAAUUUACAAAAGAUAUUGCAUCAUGUUUCAAAAGUUAAUUUACUGUAUGUAGACAGUGUUUGGAAACAAGUGCCACACAUUUCUAGCUAUAGAUAGUGAUUGGUUUUAAACAGAUGAUCAUGGUACUUUCAAAGUGACGACAUUUAACUUUUUUUUUCUGAAUUUAACCUAUUUUAGAAAUACAGACUGACUUAAAUUCUUCUCCAAAUAAUCUUUCCUCAAAUGGACAUAUACACUGGCCUCUUGGAAUAGAUCGGUUCAUUAAUAACUUAUUAGGGGAAAGAUAAUGAAAUUGUAGGACCGUGGACUAAAGGCUCAGUCUAUCAAAACUCAGGAAAAAGAAAAUCUUUUAACCAUUUAUAUGGAUUUUAAUGGGCAGUGUAGUACUUGUUUGCAUCAAGCAUGUACCAUGUACCCUGGUUUAAUAAAACACUGAAUUUUCAUUACUGAAUCUGCUGGUGAUACAGGUACAAAUCUGCUAUAAACUGUGUGGCUGCAGCUCUACGAGGUUUACUGCAGGAAGAAGUGUGUCUACAAUCUCAGUAAUGCUAAAUCACACCCCUUUUUUUUAAAAAAAUCUUUGUUUCUCGCUCCCUGUCUUGCUCUCUCAUCCAUUUGCACAAACUCUAAUAUUGCUCUGUUCUAAUAAAACAUUGUUCUAUUAAAAAUUCACAACA